AUGAUAGGUGUAGAGAAUGCAGAUAGCUGGGUUGCAUUUGGUGAGGCGGUUGGCCCGCAUCCCCCUGAGUCGUUUGUAGGUGACUGGGGAAGGGAAGCGCCCCUCUACGCGUCUCCCCCGACGGCAGGCCUUGCCCCGCGCUCCUCAUCCCAAGCCAAAAGCAAGGGUAGGAGAGGCGGGGGCUCCAAAUCCGCUCCCCGGAGCAGAGAGAGUUGGCUAACUCCUAGCGGGGCCUGGGGCGCCCACAUCCACGGCAGAGCCACCUGUGAGCCUGUAGCGCAGCAACGGGAUGCCCGCAACCGGGAUCCGGGGACCACGACCACCGCGGUUACAGCAGCAGGCGGGGCGCAGCCGCCCGCACUUACCAGGAUAAGAUGGGAGGACGCGCACACGGCGGGGCCCCCGAGCGCGGCCCGCCGCUGCGGUCCGCCGCUCUCAGGCCCGGGCUCUGGCUCGCACUGGCCGCCGUUCUCGCCAGCCGGGGCUGGUCUCGGGAGGAGACUGAGCCGCUGUGAGCCCGGCGCUCCGAGUCUGCCGCUGCCCGGCCCCCGCCGGCCCCUCCCUCUGGGCUGCGCGCUGGGAGCGGGGCCGCAGCGCGCUCAGCUCCCGAGUCCUUUGCUCCACGCCUCCUGGGCGCAGAGGCGACGCUGGCAGCAGUCUCUUAGGAGAUUUCUCCGCAGUGUGGACGGGGGUCAGGAUUUGCAGGCGAGCAAGGGCAGAGAGGAGAAAUCGUACAGGUUCUUCCCCUACAGCCCAGAGAUGACCCUGAAUCUUGAUCUGGUGAGAAGGGGAAUGAGAUCCAGAGAGAAAAGAUGCAUGGCAAACCUAGAACUUGCUUUUGAAGCUUCAGCUUGGAAGUGAUGCAUCACUGCUGCUAAUAUCUUAUGGACUGAAGCAAAUCAGAUGGCCAUAUCUAUUUUCAAGGGAGCAAGAAAGUGCAGUUGCAUUGUGCGCUUGGGAGAAGAAUGGAAAGAUUUGGUGAUCAUCAAUAGUAACUACCACGAUGGGCAUCAGUGGUGGGAAAAGGGAACUGAUAUGUUACACACCUACCAUGAACUAGAGUGUUUGCUAAUCUUUUUUCAAGCUCAUGAGUUUUAUCACCAUUAUUAUCCACAGAUGAAGAAACUGAGGCUCAAUGAGGUUAAGUACCUUGCCCAAUAUCAAACAGCUCCUUUUGAAUCCAAUAAUGGCUCCAAAGCCCGAGUUCUAUUUCUCAUAGUAUAUGAUAGUCUCUACUUAACUAAGAGUUAGUUGCAUUUUUCCUGUUGAGAUUAUAUACUUAGAACCUAUGGAUUUCUACCAACAGCCCGUCAACAAUCAAGGAUAGUUGUCUACUUCCUAAGAGGAUCUGCUUUGCUUGUUUAAAAAAAUCACAGAUAUAAGUAUCAAAAUAUCCUGAUGUUCUUUAAGAAAUGUUCUCCUCAGGCCUCCAAAUCUGGACUGAUUUUAUUUUCCUUUGCAUUGGGCUCAUUUUUUGUCUGGUGGCUUUCCUUUUCAGUUCAAUGAGAACCAUAAAAGUAGAAAAAAAGUUCUGCGGGAUUGAGGGAUGAAAGUGCAGACUGCUUUGCUUUUGACAGAGAUUUCUGCAACAGCACUUAAGGCCAACCCCCCCAUGAUUGCUUUUUCUUCUUUUCUUAUUCACUUACGAGGUGAGAAGUGAUGAAUGCCUAUUAUUUUUACAUUAGGAACAGGAAUUUUUCUGGCCUUAAAAGCCCAGGAAGCCCUGAAAUUAAGCCUCUCUUUGCAAUAGCAGCUCAGCUUCAUUGCACCUGAGCAACAAAACAGGUUAUAGUCAUUAUCCUAAGUGAAUUAAUGCAGGAACAGAAAACCAAUGCCACAUGUUCUCAUAAGUGGGUGCUAAACAUCAGGUACACAUGGACACAAAGA